AUCAAAUGUUAAUUAUUAACACCUUAAACCAAUCGAAUUAGCAUUUAUGUUUUCAAACUAGACAAUACAUGUAUAUAUUAUAGCUUUCUUAGGGAGUCGUUAGAGUAAGCACUUUCAGUCUGUGGCAAUGGCCGAGCAGCAAAGUCAGGACAACCGGCGCACGGUCGUGCUGAUCGGUAGGACUGGAAAUGGGAAGUCAACCUGCGCCAAUGUCAUUGCGGGUUGUUACAGUGACGAUCCCGAACAACAGCUCUUCAGAGAGAGCGAGACAGUCGCUAGCAAAACCAAAGACAUUCACCAAGAUAUGAUUAAAAUCGAGUGGGAAGGAAAAACUUAUGACGUGACCAUAGUCGAUACAGUUGGGCUCGGAGAUACCUCGUUGUCUGAAGAGCAAGUGCUGAAACGUCUAGCAAAAGUUUGUUAUACGUGCAAGGAAGGAUUGAACGCUGUCUUCUUUGUAGUUAAAGAUAGACUGACAAAGGAAGAAGCCGACACGUGGGAUAUUAUUUGGAAAGUUCUCUUUACUGCAGAAAUCUGCAAAUGGACGACACUGAUCAGAACCAAUUUUCCCACAUUCAUGAUACCCGAGCGAGUUUCUGCUGAUAUGACUGCUUUGAAACAAGACGAACCAGGCCGCAGAGUCACGUCAAUGGUGACCAGCGUCAUUCACAUCGACAACCCACCGUUGAUUUACCCAUACGGACGAGCAGCACGCGCCAAGUCACGAGAGACGCUGCUAGCAAAAAUUGCUCUCUCUGACCAAGUAUACAAGCCGCCGGAGCUAGAUGAUGUAAAUAAGCGGAUCUCGCGUUACAUGGAAGAACAGGCUGAUGCAGAAAAGAAAAUAGAAAAGUUGUUGAAGGAUUUGGAAAAGGAGCGAGACGAACUCGAAAAAGCUCGAAUCCAAGUAGCGGUUAGCGAAGAAAGAGCAAGAUCAGCUAGAGCAGAAGCUGAAGAGCUCCGUCAAAGAAAUGCUGUGCUCAGAGAACGACGAAGCCAACAAGUCGAGAUGCUCCGUGAAAUAAAUGCUCAAUCCUACAGACAACGAUACGAUCCUUAUACAAUAGACUUGAGGUGCACAAUUAUGUAAGAAACAAUGCAUGCACUUGCAA